GUAUUAACGGAAAUGACGAACCAAAUUAAACAAGUCUUUUACUGUGCAUGAAGAAGUCUGACAGCGUUAGCUUGUCUAAACGGCUACGUUCGGCUGGUGAAAUUUAACAGCAGCAUACAACUUCAUAUGAAGACAGCACCGAUAAAGGUACAUUGAGUCGACCAGUUAAGGUCGAAUUGACAAAACCGUCUGGUCUAGAAUGUUUACAGACAUGGACUACGAGUUGGAGGAGGACAAACUUGGGAUUCCAACAGUUCCAGGAACAGUUAUUCUGCAGAAAGAUGCACAGAACCUGAUUGGGAUCAGCAUUGGUGGGGGUGCCCAAUACUGUCCCUGUCUUUAUAUUGUACAGGUAUUUGAUAAUACUCCUGCAGCUUUGGAUGGAACAUUAGCUGCUGGGGAUGAGAUCACUGGAGUCAAUAGUAAAACGGUUAAGGGGAAGACCAAGGUGGAGGUGGCUAAAAUGAUUCAGGCUGUGCAGGGUGAAGUCACAAUCCACUAUAACAAACUUCAAGCAGAUCCAAAGCAAGGGAAGUCUCUUGAUAUAGUGUUGAAGAAGGUGAAGCACCGACUAGUGGAAAAUCUGAGCUCAGGUACAGCAGAUGCCCUGGGCUUGAGCAGAGCCAUCCUGUGCAACGAUGGAUUGGUGAAAAGACUAGAGGAGCUUGAGAAAACUGCAGAGCUCUACAAAGGACUGAUGGAGCACACCAAGCGGCUACUCAGAGCUUUUUUUGAGCUCUCUCAAACUCACAGAGCCUUUGGGGACGUCUUCUCUGUGAUUGGUGUGCGGGAACCCCAGGCUGCUGCGAGCGAGGCCUUUGUGAAGUUUGCCGAGGCGCACCGUAACAUCGAAAAAUAUGGCAUCCAGUUGCUGAAGACCAUCAAACCAAUGCUUCACGAUCUGAACACCUACCUGCAUAAGGCCAUCCCUGACACCAAGCUUACCAUACGCAAGUACCUGGAUGUCAAGUUUGAGUACCUGUCCUACUGUCUGAAAGUGAAGGAGAUGGAUGAUGAAGAGUACAGCUGUAUUGCCCUGGGAGAGCCCAUGUACAGAGUGAGCACGGGGAACUAUGAGUACCGGCUGGUCUUGCGCUGUCGCCAGGAGGCACGGGCCCGCUUUGCCAAGAUGAGGAAAGACGUGCUGGAGAAGAUUGAACUGCUGGACCAGAAACAUGUCCAGGACAUUGUAUUCCAGCUGCAGCGCUUCGUCUCAGGCAUGUCUCGUUACUAUGAUGAGUGCUACGCAGUGCUGAAGGAGGCUGAUGUCUUUCCCAUCGAGGUGGACCUCUCUCGCACCAUGAUCAACUAUGGCAGCCAGUCGCAGGCAUACACGGACGAGGAGGAGGAAGAGGAAGAAGAAGCUGGAGACAAGAGCUCCGCCCAGCAGACAGAGAAUGGGGCUGAGAAGUUGAUAGAUGAUGAAUGACUGAAUGAAUGAAUGAAUGACAGUAAAUGAAUGGUCAUACAGUUACACUCAGAGGCAUCAAACAACCCUUCCCUCCCUGAUAGCUGCUGUUCUUUCAUCCUAUUGUAUUUACCAAUCUUGAAGAUAUCUUACUUUCCACAGAUUGUGUGGGCAUUAUGUGACUAACAUUUGCAGAAUCUUACAGUGCAGAUUCUUGACUACUGUCUAUGACAGCACAUCUUCAUCUCAAUAUCUCAGAUCUACUGUUGUAUCAGAGCCCCAAAGCUUUUUAUGUUCAUUAAGCGUUGUUUGUUGUAAAGGAGUGGUUAACAUUAAUUUGUUCUGAGUGAAUGGGGGCGCUUGAUGCCUCUGUUGGAAUUGUAUUUUGGGUGCCUUUGACAUUAGUGUUUCACAAUACUUUCAAACCCAAUCCAAACAUGUGUGCAUGAAAGUAGUUUUUAUGAAGGUACAAUUAAAAGCAGAAAUGUGUAUAUAUUUACAGGUUCCUUUAAAGAAGGCAAAAGGCAUUCCGAUGAAAAGAAAAUUGAUUUUGCUCAUUGAAAUAAGCUCUUGAAUAAGAAUUCAAGCACUUUUAAGUUAGAAAAAUGUUGGACACCUUACACUGUUACUCAAAGACUGGUGCCACAUAAUUAAAUCAGUUUGCUAAACUGGAUCUAACUGGAUCUUGAAUGGCACAAUGUGUGAUUCAAUUCCGGUAAAAUGUGGACAUCAAAAUACACUUCUUCCAUCUGUGCUGCAGAAGCACUAUGUUGGUUGGCUAUGAUUGUUUUGUCCAAGUUGGUAUUUUUUCCCCCAUACAAUAUUUACAGCUUGAUAUUUUACAAAAGUCUGUUGCUCAUUCCACAUCACUGGCAACAUCUGCAGUCAUCAAGAAACACUACACUGCACCAAAAUAGUGUCAGUCCCCUGACAACCCAUCCCAUAUUCUCACUGAGGUGUUUGAGCCCAGGGGCCAUUUAAAAAAAAAAAAAAAAAAAGAUUUACAUUAUAUUUUCCUUAUAUGUUGUUUACCUUUAUCUCAGAUCAUGUAACUGUCUGGUCAUGUCUCAUGUAGUGUCUUUGUGCCUGGGAGAUACAAUAACAAUUAAGAAAUGUUUUUCUGCAAACAUAAUGCCAAAUAUAUGGCAGUUAAUUUUCAAAGAGUGUGUUUGUUCUAUAAAGGGUCAAUUAUGUGGAGUAAAAAUGUUGCCCUUUUCCACUAAGCACUACAUUGCAAGAUGGCCAAUGCCUGUAACUAGAUUGCACACUGAUAAUCAAGGGACCUAUUUAUCUUAUUUAUUUUCCAAUGUUGUUUUUUUAUUAUUGAAGAAAAUUCUAAACUAAUCUUUUCUAUUGCAUCUUUAUCGCUUUAUUGUGCUCUUUAUCAUUGUUUUGCCCGUAAUGUAUUGUGGUUUCUUUCCACCUUAUGAGUUUUUGUUGUAAUCGUUUUAGUUUUGAGUUUCAUCAAUAUAAAAGGUUUGCGGGUUCUUUUAUGUGGGUGGUAAAAAUUGUGUGUGAAGAUGUGGAUGUUUGAUUUAUAUGCAAAUAUAUAGUGUGCGUGUAUUAAAAGUGUCUAUAAAAUC